AUGGGAACCAUGAUGGAGAUUGGCCUUGCCCAACAACGGCUCUUUGACGAUGACCACCAGGUCCAGUACGAGCCCGCCAAUUCACCGGCUGAAUUUCACGAGUCAGAGUCAAAUGCUCCGUAUGGAGAGAAUGCCAACCAAGAAUACAUGGCACGUAACCAGGCUUUCUCCACCAAGCGCCCUCCAGAAACGCCGGCACACGACUCAAUUCCCCGCGUGGAGAUCCACGGCACAGCCCCCAGUGACGACUGGUCGCAAUCGGCACCCUCUUACAAUAUCUUCGAGUCUUCUAACCAAACCCCAUCCAAUCAACUGAACCGAGCUGAUUUCCUCCGCGACUCGGGUGCCAUUACGCAGCCCGAACCUGUGCUGAAUUUCGAGCUACGGCGAUGGACCUCCAUGCAGGGAGCGGCUUCGUCUCCGCAUGAUACCGAACCGUUCUCAUCGGUAAUCUCUCCCAAGACUGCCAGGGUGAAGAGUGAUAGCCUUGUGCCGAAUACAAUCCUGCCGACACCCAGCAUCAAUGAGCUGGCGCUACCUGCAACCAUCCAGAUACCGAAGAUUGAGAAGAGAGGGCGCAAGAAGAAGCAAGCUCUCCCUCUGAACGAUGAAGACGAUGAGCUCUUCCAUACUGCGCUUCGCGAAGCUACACCAAAUAAACCUGAGAAGCGCAAACCGGGUAGACCCUCUAAGAACGCAAACGUCAAGAGCGCGAACCCGGUGCCGGCUGAGCGUUCCUAUGCACCGAGCCAUCUAUCUGGAGAUACAACAAUCGCCGCUACGCUACAGGCACCGUCUGAAGAUUCAGCCACGUAUGACAACGUUUCUCCUCAGGCCCUACCUGCUUCGCGCUCGGGAGAUUUCCAGACCAUAUCACUCGACGAGAACAGCCUGGAACAGGAUAUGCAACCGCCUCCAAAACUCGCAAAGGAGCCUGGCAGGAAGAAAUUGAAACGCGGCAAGAUAACAUCGGUUACUCUCACUAAAGCAUUCGAAUCGGACGUUGAAGACGACGUGAUCUGGAUAGACGAAAGACCCAUUGUUCCUACGGGUCGCGAAGACCGACCAAACCCAGAACAAGCUGAAGUAGCCCCAACACCGGCCCCUAAAAAGCGCGGCAGGAAGAGGAAGAAGACAACCGAGCAGCUAGACCAGGAGGCGAAAGCUGGGCCGCAAGCCGACCCCACGAUUUAUCUCGAGAAAGCCAGCAACCAGGAAGAGCUAGAAGACACCCACCAGAAGGCCGGGGUUUCAGUUGUUCUCAGCAACAGCACGCGGCGGCCUCAAAACCCCGACAUCUCAAACCCAGAUCCCAUCCCCGAAGACGAUACCUCCAAUAACGAACCCCAAGUCCUCCAACCCUCAACCACUCCGACGAAAGACGUCUCCAAUAACGAACUAGCCCAGCCUCCCGAAACACCUUCAAUGCCCACCACCGAUCCCAAAACACCGUCUGGGAAGGGACCUGGAAAGCAUAGCCCUAUCUCUUCGACCUGCAAGGUUCCCUAUCGGGUUGGGCUGAGCAAGAGAGCGAGGAUUGCGCCGCUGUUGAAGAUCAUCAAGCGGUGA